UGUAAUUUAAUCUUGUGAUUUCUAUUACACGACCCGUACUGUAUCACAUAUUUCGAUUCGAUUUGUUCAAUUAUUUAACUAUCAACCACUAGGAGUAGAUCUGUCACAUGUCUCCGUCUCAGCCCCACAUCCUCCGCUACUUUAAUGGCCGAUCUGAUCUGACAUUAAAUUUAUUUUUUCUUGUGGGUCAAAAUAUUAGGAAUUUAUAGUCAAGAAACAGUUUAAACUUUUUACUAAAUUCUCAUCCAUCAAUCUUUAUCAUCUGUAUCGAUUUGUUUUCACCUACUUUAUUACGAAAAGCAAAACCAUUUAUGCAACAACUUUGUAAAAAAACAAAAUUUAUGUAAAUCUAUCAUCAAAAAGUCGAUCCAUCUUGUUGAGAUUACAUCUUUUCACCUUUACACGGUUAAUCUUUCCAAAAUUCACCAAGCAUUUGUGGGAAAUUACACGAGAAUCUGAUUGGUAAACUGAUGCCCACCAGGUGUUUGUUAAAAUGCCUUUACGAGUUCCUUUUUGUUUUACUCUAGUUCGAUAAGUUACUUUGUUGGUAAUAAAAAGAUGGAACAUGUGGUCUGUGGAAAUAUGAUUUGUAUCUCCUAUGUUUACCUUUCAUGGGGUUCUUUUAGGGAUCAUGAUUAGGUUUUCAAUUUUUUAUCAGAUGUCCAGACAGAUGAGAAAGAGACAAGCCUUUUUCACGACUUCAUAAAAACUGAUGGAUAAAUAUGAAGUUAUACAAAACACUCCACAUGCAUAUUUCUUGUAGGCUUCAGUUUUCGACCUUUCUUUUUGUCUUCAUUCUGAUAAUUUCUCGGAAACUUGAGGGUGUUUUUAGUCUUGCUCAUUAUCUUUAAUUAAUAGCCCAUGCUUCUUUCUAUCUGGAGGUCCAUCUACUUCACAGUUUCUUGGAGGCUUUAUUAGCUCUUAUCUUGAAGCGUUUUAAUGGGUGAAUCUAUGGUGGAAGCACAAAACAUUGAAAACAAGAUGAGAGAAUCAGUCGCCUCUCGUGAGACUUUGGGAGUAUCGGUUUCUUUCGACGAAGUCGGAAAAUGCUCGACGCCUGGAUCUGUAGCGCAAAAGAAAGCUUUUUUUGAAGCUCAUUACAAAAAAAUCGCCGCCAUGAAAGCUGAAGCAGAGGCGGAGGCGGAGCUAUUAAAUCAACAGAAAGCAAGGGAAACAGGUCCUUCAAGAUCAGACGAUUAUCCACAAGACAAUUUCGAAGAUACUAAGAAAGAACAAGAAGAAGGUAUCGAAAGUAAGCCUUGCGAAAACGACGAAGAACUGCAAGUCGAGAUUUCAACAAUGGAGGGAUCUGAAAAUUUUCAAGACGCGAACCACGAAGAAGUUUCUUCAGUAAAAGAUGAAAGCUUUGAAGAAGUUUCCAUGAUUGUAUUAAACAACAGUCGUGAUAAUCCAGAAGAAGCUAUUCUAGUAAAAGAUGAAACCUUUCAAGAUGAAUCUGAGCAUUUGUUACAAUCUCAAACCCCGAUAGUGUUAAACGUCAAUGGCGAUAAGCUCGAUGAAGCUGUUUUGGUCAACGAUGAGAGUAUGAAACUGGUCAAACAACAUUUCAAAGUCGAUUUAGAAGACCCCAAAGAAAGUAAGCAAGAGACUCCAAAACCAAAAGCUAAAAAGGUAAAUCCAACGAAAUUAGAAAUGAAGAAGAAACCAACGUCAAUUAUACCCAAAUCCCCUGAAACAUCAUCGACAAGAUUAUUAAAACCAAAAGCAACUCCUACACCCAUGGCGUCCACUCGAUCAUCAUCAUCAAAAAAAGCAAAUGCCACAUCAUCAUCAUCAUUAAAGAAGACAAAUGCCACAUCAUCAUCAUCAUCAAAGAGCAUACGAACUGCUCCAAUGUCGCUUCAUUUAUCAAUGAGUAUGAAUUCUGUAACUUCUGAUACAGCUUCUUCUUCUGUUGCUUCAUCAAGAAGACGAUCUUUAUUCAUGGAGCAAAUGGGGGAUAAAGACAUUGUUAGGCGAGCUUUUAAGACUUUUCAAAACAGAAUUAAUGAAUUACCCAAUGAAAUCAAACAGAUAUCAAUAAAGGAAACAGAGUCCAAGGCUUCAACUUCCAUGGCAUCUCAGAAAGAAAAUGAAAGAUCAAGAAAAGCAGCAGAGAAAAUCAAUCCUGCUAGAGGGAAAUUAGAACAAACAUGGAAAUCCGAAUCAUUAGGGAAAAAGGCAACAUCAUCAUCUUCAGUAGUUUUGAGAAGCAAUGAAAGAGCCGAAAGACGAAAAGAGUUCUUCAAGAACUUAGAGCAAAAGUCAAAUGCUAGAGAAGCAGAAAGAACUCAAAAAUUAAUUCAAAAUCAAAGGAAGUAAAAGAAGCUGAGAUGAAAAAGCUUAAACAAAACCUAUGUUUCAAAGCAAAACCAAUGCCAAGUUUUUAUAAAGCGCAAGGGCUAUCAAAAACCACUUCAGAAAAGGAGGCUAUAAAAAAUGGAACACAAAGGCGACCCGAUUCACAUAAUAGGUGAUAUGUCCUUGUGAGUUCUUUAGAUGAAUUUAUUAUGAGGAUGUUUGUUAAGUUGUAGAAAAAGUAGGGCCCAUCAAGUAUAGUCUUGGAUAUUGUGUGUAAUGUAAUGUCACUGUUUUUGUACAUUGUUAGCUUUUAGACUGAAAUAUGAAGGAAAAUCAGCCCAAAACUGAAAAUUGUUUACCCUUGUUUCAACUAUAUCGGUUUAAAAUUGGAUUGAAA